CGCGAGUGGCGUUCAAAAGUUUAUUUACUCAAAGCUUCCAGUGCCAAGGCUUAAGUUGAAAUGUAACCCAGUUCCGAGCUCUGUCGUCAUUUUGCUCUUUCUUUAAAAUACGUGACUGCAUCUCAAAGUCAGUUCUAGCUCGUCUUCUCUUUCUUCAAUAACUCCCUUGUCAAACUGUUGCCGAAAUGCUAUCGAUCAACAUCCCUUCCUACUCCGACCCGUCCGGGUACAUACUUUCCGAGCUACCAGAACCGGAAAUCACCGACUCAAAAGACGUGAUCAUCAAGGUCCAUGCGGCCAGUGUGAACCCGGUUGAUCUGAAAAAGGCAGAAGGUGUUCUAAAAGCAGCACUCAAAGACACGUUCCCCUACAAGAUUGGAUACGAUUGUGCCGGCAUAGUGACCAAAACUGGGCAAAGUGUAACCCGAUUUAAACCCGGCGAUGAAGUCUACGUUCGGCUACCAGAGUCACAUCGUGGAACAUGGAGUGAAUAUGCUAAAUGCCCGGAAGAAUUCAUUGCUCUGAAGCCACCAUCUCUGUCUUUCGAGAGCGCAGCCGCCAUUCCACUGGCAGCAACAACGGCCUUCCAGGCACUACAGAAGUAUAAUGGUGACCUUGCAGGGAAAACUGUAUUUGUGCCUGCAGGACUAGGUGGGACGGGUCUAUAUGCAUGUCAAUUAGCAAAGCAUGUUUUCCAUGCCGGCAAGGUGAUCACGACGGUGUCAACGUCUAAAAUCCCUAAAGUAGACGAACUGUUAGGAAAGGGAACUGUUGACGAGAUCAUCGAUUACACGAAGUCCGAACCAAAGGAUGCUAUUCCACACGGCUCAGUUGACUUUCUGUUUGAUACUGUUGGCCUUGCCAUGGAGUAUCUAUGUCUGAUGCGGCCGAAAACCAGCCGGAUUAUCUCAAUCUCAACCUUGCCAUCGGGAAAUCUGCUACAGGACUCGUCAGUCAUGAGACUUCCUCAUCGCCCGACUCUACCCUUCAUCUACAAACAAGCUUUAAAUCUGCUUGAUGCCGCCCGUAAGCUACGAGCACGACGGUACGGCGUGGAGUACUCGUAUAUGUUCCUGGAGCCUAGUGGGAAAGACCUGGAUCUCUUACGCGAAUAUGUCGAGAAGGACCUGUUGAAGCCAGUGGUUGGCACUACAGCUAAUAUGUGGGACAUCGAGGAAGUGCGAAAAGCCUGUCAGGUUGUGUACAGCAAUCGCGGUGGUCUGGGGAAGGUGGUUAUCAACGUUGUCAAGCCCGAAAAUCUGCAAUAGCCUCACCCCACCUCGUAGUGGCUAUUCUCAGGCAUGAUUUUUUAGAUUCCUUUUCUGGUCUCUCGUUUGGGGUUAUUCUUGUUCAUUAUGUACUAUAUUAAUAUGUUAAAGAACGUACCACCUAAUCUACAUGUUUUGGAUCCUGCUGUCA